CAAAAAGGAAGACGUAUUGAAAAGAAAAUAGAACCAUAAAGCGCAGGUAAAGGACGGAUAAUAAAAGUUGGGACCAGAGAGUUCAAUAUAAAUCCAACUAAUGCAUUCGCUAGCUACGUCCGCAGAUUAUGAAAAGUUUGUAAACACCUUAUGUUUGCUCAAAAGCUAAUAUCAUGACUGCAAUACUCGACCUGGGAUAAUUUGAUAUUGGAAAUAUUGAAAUUUAGUUUAUACCAUCAAAUUUUAACAGUUUAAAUUUUUAAACUUAUAAAUGUGGACUUUCUUUGAAUGUUACCGCAGCUUAUAUAUUGGAACUUAUUUUCUAAUUUAAUUUUACUUAAUUUUAAUUAGUGUCGAAAUGUGAUUUUCGGUAUUAAGAGAUAUGUCAGUGAAAAUGACGUCUCUCAGGAUUGCAGUUUUCGGGGAUAAAAAUGUUGGAAAAUCAGCCGUAACAGUGCGAUUCUUAACGAAACGUUUUAUUGGUGAAUACAAUUCGGAUAUAGAUUUGCUAUACCGUUCCAGCAUUAAACAAGAAGAUUAUAUUACAGAUAUAGAAAUACUAGAUACAUGCUCAAAAAAUCGAAACAGUAGCCCAUCUGAAUCCCACGUUCAGUGGGCCGACGGUUUCGUAGUAAUUUACGACAUCUGUGUAAAAGAGACUUUCGAAGCGGCGCGUGGCAUCAUACACUCCCUUCACAAAAUGAAGUCACCGUUUAUUGUACCCAUGUUGCUUCUCGCGAACAAACGAGACCUCGAACACAGACGAGAAGUGGGUGUGGAUGUAGGUCAUGAGCUCGCGUUGGAAUAUGGCUGCCAGUUUUACGAGGUUUCGGCAGCCGAUGUUUUUAUGCCAAUAAGCAUUGCUUAUCAGGCACUAUUAAGAGACGCAAAGAUUACUCAGCAGCAGAGAUCAACAAUUCUCCGACGCCGGCGGAGUUCUUUAAUGACAGUUUCAAAGAAACUUGUUUCUAUAUUUGGAAAGAAAGAAUCUGAUUUGGAAAAGAAAAGACCAUCAUGUGAUGCUGUUCCUGAUUUUGCAUUAUCUAUUUAAAUGAGUAAUAAUGCUUGCCUAUAUUUUUGGCAAUGUGAAUCUUUUCAUAAAAAUAUGGUUUACAGUGUUAGUCAUUUUGUUAGGUAAAUGAAUUAAGCAUGUGCAAGUUCUUCAUGCCACUAUAAUGAUGAUUGUUAUUACUUUUAUUUCAUUCUUUUGAAAAUAUUUAUACAUGUCUGUGAUAUUACUGUAAAUAAAUGCUUGUUUUCUUCGUCAUACUGAGGUAUGUAUUCAAUACAAAACUGCGUAAUAAAAUGAUAAAGCGUUG